AUGCAUAUCCGAUUCACCCUUGCCUCUCGGGCUGGCGCUCGCAAGCUCGGAACUGGUCGAUUGCUGUCGGCCAGCCAGUUCAAUUUAACACGAGAGUUUUCAACGACCCUGCCCCGUGACGCAACGUGGGGGUUUAUUGGGCUGGGACAAAUGGGCUACAACAUGGCCAAGAACCUUCGGGCCAAAAUUCCAGCUUCGGACACCUUGGUAGUGCGAGACGUCAAUGAGGCUGCUGCCAAACGCUUUGUGGAAGAAGCGCAGGAGGUAGCUCGCAAUAACGGGGCCGGCGCCGACGAAUAUCGAGUUGAGAUUGCAGAGAAUGCCCGGCAACUCGCAGAAAAGUCGACUGUGAUUAUCAGCAGCCUCCCCGAGCCAAAACAUGUGACUGAAGUCUUCCAUUCAAUUCUCCAGCCAGGAAAGCUCCCUGUACUUGAACAGGAGCGCCUAUUCAUUGACACCUCGACCGUUGAUCCCAUUACAUCCAAAGAGGUCGCCAACACCAUACAUACCGCUCAAGCGGGGCGUUUUGUAGACGCCCCUGUCUCCGGCGGUGUAGUCGGAGCUCAAGCUGGCACUCUUUCCUUUAUGUUUGGUGCGCCAUCACAGUCAGAAGAGCUGAUCAACCGUAUCAAGCUUGUUCUGUCACUGAUGGGAAAAAAGAUGUGGCACCUUGGCGAACCGGGCUCUGGGGUGUCGGGGAAACUAGCCAACAACUAUAUCUUGGCCAUCAACAAUAUUGCUACCGCAGAAGCCAUGAAUCUGGGAGUCCGUUGGGGCCUAGACCCUAAAGCACUGGCAGAGAUGAUCAACUCUUCCACCGGAAGAUGCUGGCCUUCCGAGGUCAACAACCCGGUGCCUGGAGUGGUUGCUACUGCACCUGCGUCCCGUGGCUACCAAGGGGGAUUCGGGGUAAGUUUGAUGCACAAAGACCUGCGACUGGCACUCACGGCUGCCGAAAAGUCUGGCACACCUUUGGCUUUGGGUGAACAAUCUCGGCAAGUAUAUGAUGCCGUCGAGACAGCAUACCGCGGCAAAGAUUUCUCAGUUGUUUACCAGUGGUUACAAGAUAAAUCGAAAUGA